CAGUCCAGGUAUUACUGGAAAUGUCAUUGGCAACGCAGAGGAUACUGGCGGAGGAAGAAAAGAAGACUAGACAAAAACAGCAAAGAGUUUUGGGGGGAGAGAGAGAGAGAGAGUUUGGUUGGAGACGUAGGCGAUGCGAUUGCUCUAAAAUUCCAUGAUCAGUGGUACAAAAAUGCAGGCUUGAUGCUUAUUGCUAAAAGGACAUGCUGGUAGAAAGGAAUCCAGGGACUAACCUUUAACUGUCAGUCAGCUGUUUCAAGGGAGGCAAGACAUAGCCCUUGGAGGUUAUAAAUAAGCACGGCACGUUGUUGUCUCUUUGCUGGGUUUAGUUCGUCAAGAGCUUGAUGGGUUCAAGAUUCCCAUCUCACCAGCUCAGUAAUGGGCUGUAUGUCUCAGGCCGGCCUGAGCAGCCUAAAGAGAGGCCUGUAACGAUGAGCUCAGCAGCCGUGCCCUACACAGGUGGGGACAUCAAGAAAUCUGGAGAGCUUGGAAAGAUGUUUGACAUUCCUGUAGAUGGUUCAAAGUCAAGAAAGUCUGGACCUAUAUCUGGUGCACCUUCAAGAACUGGGUCUUUUGGUGGUGCUGCUUCACAUUCAGGGCCAAUCACUGGUAACUCUGGAUCAAGGUCUGGAUUCUCUGUAUCUGGUCCUGUGUCAGCUGGUUCAGUCCCAGGUUCAGGUCAAGUGUCCAGACAAAAAUCCAACUCUGGGCCACUAAACAAACAUGGAGAACCUAUCAAGAAGUCAUCUGGACCUCAAUCUGGAGGUGUCACUCCAGUCAUGCGCCAGAAUUCUGGUCCUUUGCCUCCGGUGCUUCCAACUACAGGACUCAUAACUUCAGGACCAAUUUCUUCAGGGCCACUUAAUUCAUCUGGUGCACCACGCAAGGUCUCUGGUCCAUUGGAUUCUUCUGGAUCAAUGAAACUACAUAGUGUAUCUAUGGUCCACAAUAAUCAAGCUGUCACUAAUCUCAGUCACGAGAAUGACUAUUCCUUUAAAAGGAGCUUCCCAAGGCCUAUCUUUUGGUCACUCAUUCUACUGUUUGUGAUGGGAUUUAUAGCUGGUGGAUUUAUUCUAGGAGCUGUGCACAACCCUGUUCUGCUGAUUGUAGUUGUAGGCCUCUUUGGGGUGGUUGCCACAAUCUUCCUAUGGAACAGUUGUUUGGGAAGAAGGGCAAUUACAGGUUUCAUUGCCCAGUACCCAGAUGCAGAGCUCAGGACUGCUAAAAAUGGGCAAUAUGUCAAAGUUUCUGGGGUCGUUACUUGCGGAAACGUUCCCUUGGAAUCAUCAUUCCAACGGAUCCCUAGGUGUGUCUAUACUUCAACAAGCUUAUAUGAGUAUAGAGGCUGGGAUUCCAAAGCUGCUAAUGCUAAGCAUCGUCGCUUUACUUGGGGACUUAGAUCUUUAGAGAGGCAUGUUGUCGACUUCUACAUUUCUGAUUUUCAGUCUGGCUUGAGAGCACUAGUGAAGACUGGUUAUGGUGCUAGAGUGACUCCCUAUGUUGAUGAGUCUGUUGUGGUUGACAUAAAUCAGAAGAACAGAGAAUUGUCUCCAGAGUUCGUCAGGUGGUUAGGGGAAAGAAACCUAUCAAGUGAUGAUCGUAUUAUGCGUAUGAAGGAGGGGUAUAUCAAAGAAGGAAGUACAGUGAGCGUGAUGGGUGUAGUCCAAAGAAACGAGAACGUGCUGAUGAUAGUGCCGCCACCAGAACCAUUCUCCACCGGAUGCCAAUGGGCCAAGUGCUUCCUUCCUGCCAGCCUAGAUGGUAUCGUGUUGAGGUGUGAAGACACUUCCAAGAUAGACGUCAUACCCGUAUAGUUUCGUUCCCCCUUUUUUUCUACUCUCUGUCUGUGUGGUGUAUCCUCAGGUACAUGACAUUAAGUGAUUGCAUGCUAAGAUGAGAAAGAGAGAUGGUGGUAGUGGUGGUUUUGCUGGUGUUGCUUGUAUUUGUAAAGCUCUAAUAGUUUUAUUUGUUGUCUUCCUUUUUUUUUCUUAUAUUUUUUUAGUCCUUUUUUUGGUUUUUUUUUUGGGGGUUGGGGGGUGGAAGUGGGGAGAGAAGCUCCUCUUUGGUUGUAAGCUUUGUAAGAAAUGGCUUUGCUGAUUGAUAGCUAGCUGUGACGGAUUGGGGUUUCAGUGAAAAUAUUCUGAAAAAUUUAAUCUCUC